GCAAUGGCGGCAGAUAAGUCGCUGGUUUUGAACUCGUCCGCCGAAAAAGUGUCGAAAAAAUCGUACUCGAAGCUGGUGGACGUGGUCAUCAUCGCCUUUUCAAUCUGCACCCUGCUGGUUGACCUGGCCACAGACAUAUUUCUGGUUGUGGAAUACUUCAGCAAAGAUUAUUACGCUUGGGGAUGGCUUACUUUGGCCUUGGUCGUGCUUCCCUUAUUCAUUGUUGAGGGCUUCAGCAUCAGGUGGCACUCUCAAGACGGCAACGCCACUUUCAUCACCUACCUUGCUCACGUUUUCUUCUUGGGAAUUGCUCACAGAUAUGUAGAGGCGAUCCAAACAGCCGCAGUCGGCACUCCGCAGACACUUCUCAACCAUCAACGAGACCUUUGUCUUUUACAUUUAUUCAACAGUUUUCUGGAAGCUGCGCCUCAACUUGUCUUGCAACUCUAUGUGACAGCUUCGUUGGGAAGUUUACUGCCCUGGACAGGAAUAAGUUUAGUGGCGUCGCUUUGCUCCCUCGCCUGGGCCAUUGCAAGCUACACAAGAGCCAUGCGCCUCAGCAGGCCAGACAAAAAGCCAGCCUCUGGUGCUGCUUUGGCCUUCCAGGCGUUGUGGAGGGCAGGUACUCUGACUGCAAGAAUUAUCAGCCUGACAGUCUUUGCUCUUGUCAGCCCAACUUGGAUGUUGAUUUGUUUUGGUCUUCAUUGGCUGGCAAUGACUGCUUGGGCCAUAGGUCAACGCACUGAUUUCUGUGACACUUGGUGGGAGGAAAGGGCAUACAAUGUUGUUGUUGGCGUCAUCUACUGCUUUUGCUUUUUCAACCUGCAAGAGGGUCCGUCACGAGUCAGAGCCAUCAUCUUUUACACCGUCACCACAAUUGAAAACAUAAUUUGCGUCGCCCUCUUUGCUUUUUUCGGACAGCAGUCCGCUCUGCAACUGUCGCCAACUCACGAAGGUGCUGUGAAGCUACUCGUCCUCAUCGUCUCUCUUUCCACUUUGAUAGGAUUAUCAAGUAUGCUUUUGUACUAUGCAUUUUUCCACCCCGCCGGAGUCAUUUUUCCUUGCAUGCCCAAAGACGACUGCGAGGGAAGACAAAAUUUGUCUUUAGAUUUGGGCAGAAACACACUCAGAUCACUCAGGCAUGAGCCUACAACAACGCCGAUGUCGUCACCUGAAAGGCCUCCGUCCUCUGUUGCCUCAGUGACCUUGAGCUCUAUAGAGAACAGUCCCACCAUAAGCAUAAAACCACCAGUGGAAAAUGCAUCAACUUCAUUGAAUUCAAGUCCAGAAUCCCAUUUAAGUGAGUCGCAGUUGAAAAGAAGACCCAUCUGCGACAUCAGCCUGUCCGAGCUAGACGCUCCUUCGCCACCUCCGUCACCCAUUCCAAAAAUCGAGUCUCCGCCGCCGCCGCCACCACCUCCUGCGAUACACUCGCGCACCAUGUCCGAGGACAAAGAUGAAGUGUCCAGCACCUGUCCCUCGGCGCAUGACUACGAAAACAUGUGCGCCGUGGGAAUCACUAGAGAACUGUGGGGCCUCCGACACUGGGACGGUUACUCUUCAGACAUUGCCGAGCACGAUUCAAGUGUGGCCCGCGGAAGACGAGACCCGAGGAGAGAUACUUUGGUCUCGUCGUCCACAUACUCGUCUUUGUCUUCGAAUUAUUCAGACAGCGAGUCUGAAACCUACACCUAUGUCCGAGCCAUGGGUCUUCCUUUGGCCCCGAUUGCAGAAGAGAGUCUGGAAGAAUCGUCCAGUGACAGUCUGCCAGGGCCCCACGCAUCUUGCAGUUCGCUUGUGGCCACCAUCGAAGAAAUCAGACUGAGUUCGCAGGAACUGUAUGAAGGUGUGAUCUUGGAAGAGUCUCUGGACGGCGACCUGGGCGACUGGGCUUGGCAGCCUCUGUCCCAAACCGAAAUAGACUUUCUGGCUCAGCUGAAGCCAGUCGAGGCGGACGGAAACGAACUGCCGCCCAAACCACCAAACCGGCUGAGGAGGAAGUUCAGUCUGCUGAGGGAUCGAUUUGAGUUGCCUGCAGUGGAAGAGAGCAAAAAGGAGGUUGAUGAAAUUGUUCCUGUUGGUGAGAAAGAGGUGGCCAAGAGGGUUACUCAGUGGGACAGACUGUCCAGAAGUGAAAAGGGCGGUCCACCAGUGACUCUUGUGCCUGUGGCAAGUUGAUUUCUGCGGUCAACGCAAGAAACAAGUGCCUUUUAAAUUUUAAUUAGAAACAAUUUUGAAUUACCUUCAAAAACUAUCAAGCCAGCUUAAACGUUGCAAGAGAAGCUGGAGUAGCCUCUGUGGGUUUUUUACAAACCAGCUGCCUUUGUCUGUGAAUCUCUUUUAAUGAUCUGUCGCUCUGUGUAAAAAGUUUUAUGAGUUUUUACAAUUUUGUACAGAGAGUCUAACAAAGUAAUUGAAAAUGCCAUAAUAAUAUAUUAAUUAAUACAAUAAAAAGCUAAGUCU